AUGGCGGGCUCAGCGGCGGCGGGCCGGUGGCGGGAGCAGCGGAUCAGCAUGCAGGAGCACAUGGCCAUCGACGUGAGCCCGGGCCCCAUCCGGCCCAUCCGCCUCAUCUCCGACUACUUCCCGCACUUCUACCCCUUCGCGGAGCCCGCCCUGCGCGCGCCCGGCCCGCGCCCCGGUGACCAGGCCACACACACCGCACCCCCGUCCUCGCCCGACCUGGAGUCCGAGGGAGACUCGGAUGACAGCACUGGCCUGGGCACCCUGGAGUUCACGCUGCUCUUCGACGUGGAAAACAGCGCCUUGCACUGCACAGCCCACCGCGCCAAGGGCCUCAAGCCCCCGGCCUCGGGCUCCGUGGACACCUACGUCAAGGCUGAUCUGCUGCCUGGUGCCAGCAAGGCCAGCCAGCUGCGCACGCGCACUGUGAGGGGCACGCGGGGGCCGGUCUGGGAGGAGACGCUCACCUAUCACGGCUUCACCCGCCAGGACGCGGGGCGCAAGACUCUGCGGCUGUGUGUGUGUGAGGAGCCAAGGCUGCGGCGACGGCGGGGACCCCCCUUGGGGGAGCUGCGGGUGCCUCUGAGGAAGCUGGUGCCCAACCGCGCACGGAGCUUCGACAUCUGCCUGGAGAAGCGGAGGCUGACCAAGAGGCCCAAGAGCCUAGACACAGCCCGCGGCAUGUCCCUUUAUGAGGAGGAGGCAGUGGAGGUGGAGGCCGGGGAGGAGCGGGGGCGCAUCCUGCUGUCACUCUGCUACAGCUCCCAGCGGGGCGGGCUGCUGGUGGGUGUGCUGCGCUGCGCCCACCUCGCCCCCAUGGAUGCCAAUGGCUACUCGGACCCGUUUGUCCGUCUUUUUCUGCACCCCAACAUGGGGAAGAAAUCUAAGUUCAAGACCAGUGUUCGCAAGAAGACCCUGAACCCUGAGUUCAAUGAGGAAUUCUUGUACGCAGGCCCGCGGGAGGAGCUGGCUCAGAAGACGCUGCUGGUGUCCGUCUGGGACUAUGACCUGGGCACCGCUGAUGACUUCAUUGGCGGGGUGCAGCUAAGCAGCCAGGCCAGUGGCGAGCGCCUGUGGCACUGGCAGGAGUGCCUGGGUCGCAGUGACUGUCGGCUGGAGCUGUGGCACCCGCUGGACGGCGAGCCCCUCCAGCUCAGCGACUAG